AUUUUUGAUAGCGCACAGUUGAACGAGACUGAUAGGGAGUACUUUUGAUGUGAAAAAUAAGGAAUAAGGUGCCAAAACUUUGAUCACAGUUUCGUGGACGAGGUGUCAUGGCCGCAUGUGUCGGAUGCUAUCCAUGCCACUUGGAAUUGUGCCGAUCCAUCACUGCUGCUGGAGCGACUCGUAUUCUUGACCAUCACCGCAACUGCUUUGCUGCUGGUCUUCCCGGGUCCGGGCUCGGAUUCUUCUACGGAUCAGCUUCUUGUAGGAGGAAGCAAAGAUGGGCUAGAGGGCAACAUCUUAAGCUCGUUGUCACCGCUAAGCUUUCCAACGCGUUCUCCCUCAAAACCGGCUUAGAUUUUCAGAUUUCUCAAUCACAAUCUCCAUGGAUUGGUCCACUGCCCGGGGACAUUGCAGAAGUAGAAGCUUAUUGUCGAGUUUUCAGGGCUGCUGAGCAGCUUCACAAUACAUUAAUGAACACACUAUGUAAUCCAGUGACUGGAGAAUGCAGUGUCUCAUAUGAUGUCCCAUCAGAAGAUAAACCAUUGUUGGAAGAUAAAAUAGUUUCUGUUCUAGGCUGCAUGGUCUGUCUUCUCAACAAAGGUAGGGCUGAAGUUCUCUCUGGAAGAUCACUGAUUAUGAAUGCGUUCCGUGAUGUAGAUGUGGAUGUGAUGGAUGAUAAGCUUCCUCCGCUUGCGGUUUUUAGGGGAGAGAUGAAAAGUUAUUGUGAGAGUUUACAUGUUGCUCUUGAAAACUACUUGACACCCGACGAUGAUCAAAGUCUUACUGUGUGGAGAAAGCUGCAAAGCCUUAAGAACGUAUGUUAUGACUCUGGGUUUCCUCGGCCAGAUGCUUUCCCCCCUCACACAUUGUUUGCAAACUGGUCUGCUGUUUAUCUGUCAACUUCAAAUGAAGAGACAGAGUCCGAGGAGGUUUGUUUUUGGAAAGGUGGACAGGUAACAGAAGAAGGUUUUAAAUGGCUGUUGGACAAAGGGUUCAAAACCAUUGUAGAUCUUAGAGCCGAGACUGUAAAAGACAACUUUUAUGAAAGUUUGGUGAGCGAAGCUAUUAGACUUGGCAAGAUUGAGCUGAUUAGACUUCCAGUUGAAGUUGGUACAUCGCCGUCAAUGGAACAGGUUGAGAAGUUUGCAGCUCUUGUUUCCGAUUCAAGAAGGAGGCAAAUAUAUCUUCACUGUAAGGAAGGAGUUUGGCGAACAUCUGCUAUGGUCUCCAGAUGGAGGCAAUUCAUGGCUCGCUACUCUUCACAGGUUCUGAAAAAUCAGGGAGUUCUAUCCAUUGAAAAUUUACUGCAUGGUGACAGAAACAUAAAAGAAGACCACUUGUUCACAAGCCCAAGAGAUUAUCAAACCAACCCAACAAAAUCAUCUGAUGUAAUUAGUUCUUCUACCCAGGAGCAUCUUAGUCAAAUAUCUCAAGACACAGAGAACCCAAUAGUGAACAAGAGUGAAGUGGAGCAAACUAUGCCACUCAAGUUGGAUACGACAUUUGAAGGCCCUGAAGGUUGUUCAGAUGUUCCUUACAACAAAGUAAAUCCACUUGAGUCACAACUGCCUCCUCCAAAUGUUUUCUCCCAAAAAGAAAUGUCUGCAUAUUUCAAUAGUAGAAAGAUUUCACCAGAAAUAUAUUUCACACAUGAACAUGAGCGUUUGGAGAUGCUAUGUGCCUCAAGAUAUGACAAGAAGGAGAAACCUGGGAAAAUCAAUGCCUCUGCUCCCAAAGCUGAAUACAGAUUUAUAGAAACAGAUAUUCCAAGUGUGUUAUAUAACAGCAAGAACUUGCAUAGAAGUCUUUCAGAUUCUCCUGCUGAUCUUGGAACAUAUGCGGAUUGUUAUGGUUCUUCGGAGAACAUCUGCAAUGGAAAUGUAUAUACCACGAGUCAAAAUGGAGAGUUUGCUAAUGCAAUAGGCAAUUUGGACAUAAAUAAUACACCCGCAGCCAUUACAACAGACCAGGUUAAUAGUGUUGAUGCAAAGCUUGUUUCUUCAAGUGAUGAGGAGUUUGAGGUGGAAGGAGAUAUGUGUGCUUCUGCAACUGGGGUUGUUAGAGUGCAGUCAAGAAAGAAAGCUGAAAUGUUCCUAGUGCGUACAGAUGGAUAUUCAUGCACCAGAGAGAAGGUAAAGGAAGCAUCCUUGGCCUUUACCCACCCUAGCACCCAGCAACAGAUGCUCAUGUGGAAAUCUGCACCAAAGACGGUUCUAUUAUUGAAGAAGCUAGGGCAAGAACUAUUGGAAGAAGCUAAAGAGAUUGCCUCUUUCUUGCACUAUCAAGAGAAAAUGAAUGUUCUGGUAGAGCCCGAGGUGCAUGAUGUUUUUGCAAGAAUCCCAGGAUAUGGGUUUGUGCAGACAUUCUAUACUCAGGAUAGCAGUGGUCUUCAUGAGAGAGUCGAUCUUGUUGCUUGCUUAGGAGGAGAUGGGGUUAUACUUCAUGCAUCAAAUCUGUUUAGAGGUGCUGUUCCACCCGUUGUCUCGUUUAAUCUAGGAUCUCUUGGAUUUCUAACUUCUCACAGGUUUGGUGAUUACAAAAAGGACCUGAGACAAAUCAUCCAUGGGAAUAGUACUUUAGAUGGAGUGUACAUUACACUUAGAAUGCGACUUCAUUGUGAGAUAUUCCGAAAUGGUAAAGCAAUGCCAGGGAAGGUGUUUGAUGUUUUAAAUGAAGUUGUGGUUGAUCGGGGUUCUAACCCCUACCUCUCAAAGAUAGAGUGCUAUGAACAUGAUCGUCUCAUAACAAAGGUGCAAGGUGAUGGAGUGAUCAUUGCUACUCCGACAGGAAGUACAGCUUACUCUACAGCUGCCGGGGGUUCCAUGGUGCAUCCCAACGUUCCAUGCAUGCUUUUUACACCAAUAUGCCCGCACUCUCUCUCAUUCAGGCCAGUUAUACUUCCAGAUUCUGCAAAGCUAGAACUAAAGAUCCCUGAGGAUGCACGCAGUAAUGCUUGGGUGUCCUUCGACGGGAAGAGAAGGCAACAACUCUCUCGAGGUGACUCUGUACGGAUAUGUAUGAGCCAACACCCUCUCCCUACUGUCAACAAAUCCGACCAAACUGGUGAUUGGUUUCACAGUUUAAUCCGUUGCUUAAACUGGAAUGAGAGACUUGACCAAAAAGCCCUCUGAUCACCACACAAUGCCAAUCCUUUGUCUGUAAAUUACUCCAUAUGCAUAAUUGUGUAAAUAAGACAUAGUAAAUAAUGUAUUAAACUCAUUAUCAAGUAUCACCAUUUGUUGGCUUAUGAAAUAUUGAAGUCUAUUAUUCAUUGAUAUAUACAGAUGUAAACAGCUUGUCCAAAAUAGGAGUCAAAUAGAAGCCAUGUAUCUUAUGUAAGAACCUAAAGUUAGGGUAGGUUUAAAAUAAAGAUAUGGUUGCAUGAG